GGCCACAGAUCCACUUGGGUGUUGAGGGAGCGAGGCUGCAGGGUCUGGGAAGGGCACCCAGCGCAUGGGGGACACCUGGCGAGGCUCACUCAACAGCCACCUCAUCCCUGAGCUCAGGCGCGACUCGGAAAGGAGGGAGGACGAUGACGACUCUGGCCUCCAGAGUGCCGUGUUCGAGAGCCGGCGGUCCAGGGACCUAGACGAUGAGGGUGCGGGAGCCGAUGGCCAGGAGGAGGAGAUCCCGCCCGAGGAGGUGGCUGGGGAGGAGCUGGACGCCCAGAACCCGGAGGAGGCACUUCUGGAGCUGGAGAGGGUUCUGGACAAAGGCCUAGAGGACGAUGUUCCUGAAAUGAGCCGGCUGUCCAUCAGCCAGAGGUUUCCCAGGACCUCCGUGACCAAAGUGAGGAAGAGGAAGCGGCUCUCCGAGCUGGCCAAACCCAAGACCAACUGGCAAGUCGUGAAGGACAGGAUGGGAUGCCGUUGUAAGGGCUAUGCCUGGAUUACCCCAUGCAACAUGAACUUGCAGUUCUGUCUCUAUUGGCCCUCGGUGUACUGGACUGAGCGGUUCCUCGAGGACACCACACUGGCCAUCACCGUGCCCGCGGUAUCGCGCCGCGUGGAGGAACUGUCUCGGCCCAGGAGGUUCUACUUGGAGUAUUACAACAACAACAGGACCACGCCCAUCUGGCCCAUUCCUCGGUCCACCUUGGAAUACCAAGCGUCCAGUCGCCUGAAGGAACUGGCCGUCCCGAAGAUGCGGAACAACAUUUGGAGCAUCAACAUGUCUGAGGUGUCCCAGGUGUCCAGGGCUGCACAGACGGCGGUCGCCAGUCAACGGAUCAUCCGGUUGUCACAGCCCAGGGUCCCAGCCACCCUGCUGGAAGAGUGGGACCCUGUGCCAAAGCCCAGGCCACACGCCUCAGACUACAACCGUCUCCUCCACUUGGCCGCGCCCAAAGUCCAGUCGGACAAGUGCGUUCCUGACCGAGAUCCUCGCUGGGAGAUACUAGAUGCCACCAAGAAGGCGGUGGCCAGUCCCCGGAUCAUCUCGCUGGCUCAGCCCAAAGUGCGCAAGGAGCUCAACGAGGGCUACAACCCCUUCCAGAUCUCCCCGGCCUCCCUGGUGGCCCAGGCAUCUCCGCGCCUCUAUGAGCUUGCCAUCCCUAAGAACAUCACCAAAAAAGCAUGACCAGCAUCUGAGCCCUCCGCUCCCAGUAAACACCCAAGUGCAUCCUAACCCUGUGUAUGUGGUUGUCUGAGCUUUUGGCCUGGAGGAGGGUGGGCCGGCUGGAAGGCCGAAAGAAUGGCGAGGAGGACAAUAAUAAUAUUUAUUUUCACAUUCAA